AUGGCUGCGUUUAUCAGGUUCCCAGCCCCAGGUACCGUGACAGUUUUCCCUUUACAGCUCUUCAGCCUCUGCUGGGUGCUCUCGGUGGCCCAGAGCAAGACAGUGCGAUACAGCACCUUCGAGGAGGACGCCCCCGGCACGGUCAUCGGGACCCUGGCCGAGGACCUGCAUAUGAAAGUGUCCGGAGACGCCAGCUUCCGCCUGAUGAAGCAGUUCAACAGCUCGCUGCUCCGGGUGCGCGAGGGCGACGGGCAGCUGACCGUCGGGGACGCGGGCCUGGACCGCGAGCGGCUGUGCGGCCAAGCGCCACAGUGCGUGCUGGCCUUCGACGUGGUCAGCUUCUCCCAGGAGCAGUUCCGGCUGGUGCACGUGGAGGUGGAGGUGAGGGACAUCAACGACCACGCGCCGCGCUUCCCCCGGGCCCAGAUCCCCGUGGAGGUGUCGGAGGGCGCGGCCGUGGGCACGCGCAUCCCCCUGGAGGUGCCGGUGGACGAGGACGUGGGGGCCAACGGACUGCAGAGCGUGCGCCUGGCCGAGCCUCACAGCCCCUUCCGCGUGGAACUGCAGACGCGCGCGGACGGCGCCCAGUGCGCGGACCUGGUGCUGCUGCAGGAGCUGGACCGCGAGAGCCAGGCCGCCUACAGCCUGGAGCUGGUGGCCCAGGACGGCGGCCGCCCGCCGCGCUCCGCCACGGCCGCCCUCAGCGUGCGGGUGCUGGACGCCAACGACCACAGCCCGGCCUUCCCGCAGGGCGCCGUGGCCGAAGUGGAGCUGGCGGAGGACGCGCCCGUGGGCUCGCUGCUGCUCGACCUGGACGCGGCGGACCCCGACGAGGGCCCCAACGGCGACGUGGUGUUCGCCUUCGGGGCCCGCACCCCGCCCGAGGCGCGCCGCCUCUUCCGCCUGGACCCGCGCUCCGGCCGCCUCACCCUGGCGGGACCCGUGGACUACGAGCGCCAGGACACCUACGAGCUGGACGUGCGCGCCCAGGACCGCGGCCCCGGGCCCCGGGCCUCCACCUGCAAGGUCAUCGUGCGCGUCCGCGACGUCAACGACAACGCUCCGGACAUCACCAUCACCCCGCUGGCCGCCCCGGGCGCACCUGCCGCCUCUCCCUUCGCCGCGGCCGCCGCCGCCGCCGCCGCCGCUCUCGGGGGUGCGGACGCGACCUCGCCCACCGGGCCCGGGACGCCGGAGGCGGGCGCCGUCUCCCUGGUGCCAGAGGGGGCGGCGCGCGAGAGCCUGGUGGCGCUGGUCAGCACCUCGGACAGGGACUCGGGCGCCAACGGGCAGGUGCGCUGCGCCCUCUACGGGCACGAGCACUUCCGGCUGCAGCCGGCCUACGCGGGCAGCUACCUGGUGGUGACCGCGGCGUCGCUGGACCGCGAGCGCAUCGCCGAGUACAACCUGACGCUGGUGGCCGAGGACCGCGGCGCGCCCCCGCUACGCACCGUGCGGCCCUACACCGUGCGCGUGAGCGACGAGAACGACAACGCGCCGCUCUUCACGCGGCCAGUCUACGAGGUGUCGGUGCGUGAGAACAACCCGCCCGGCGCCUACCUGGCCACGGUGGCCGCGCGGGACCCGGACCUGGGCCGCCACGGCCAGGUCACCUACCGGCUGCUGGAGGCAGAAGUGGGCCGCGCGCCCGGGGCGCCGCAUCCCGCUAAGUCUCGGGGGACCCCACCGCGGGGGAGCGGCGCGCACCGCGAUGCUCUGACCGCGAGGAACGGGCCAAGUUGCAGCUGGAGCUGAACGUGCUGGACGGGCGGCUGUGCAGGACCGGGACGACCACGCACACUGCCACUGUCUUCAGUGGCUCAGCGCAGCUGCCUCUGCCCCAGGGCGCUCCGCUGGGCUACUGGGUGACCCGCCUGCAGACGAAGGCCCCGACGCCGAGCUAACUGCGGCCCCGGGGUGCUAGCCGGUGAGCUGUCUCUCCAGCGCCGCCUGUCCCCACAGCCCACUGGGCAGCCGACGGCGGUCGUCCUGGUGCGGGAUGGAGACCAGCCGGCUCCGUCCCGCGCUGCCACUUUGCUCCUGGUGCCGACGGCCUCAGCGCCACCUGGCGGAAGAGUGAUCGCUCUUCGGCGAGGUCGCCGGCGAACCAGGGAGCGGAGGGGGGCGGCGCCCAGUGCAGGGAGCUGGGGCGGCACAGCUUGGCUACCCUGGCGUGUUGAUCGGUGUUUUGGGCAGCGGCUGCGGCCUUCUGGUGGCCAUUGCCACCCUGACUUGUGCCAGCCAAGGCGAGGCGAGGACUGCGAGGAAGAAGCCCCGCGAGCACAGCUGGAGCAGAUGCCGCGCAAGGAGUGCCCAGGCUGGCCCAAGUCCUAGAGCGCAGGAGGCCCUCUGAGGGCUUCCACUGCGGUUCUUCAGGGAGACACUGCCCCUGUCCAGUUGUGCGGAGGCCCAGGAGGGCAAGGCUGCGGAGACUUCCCAGUCCGGGGAUGGUGGCACGUUCUUUGCUCCUGGCUCAGGGAGAGGAGAGGGAUCUUGCAGGAGGCCCAGGUGGACGACCCUAGCUAGCAGUCUUAGUGUCCUCAUUUAGGAGAUCUCCAUGCUGAGGGCGUUAUGAAAAUUCAGGGCCUGCCCGGGUUUGGGACUUCAAAGGACUAAUUUUUCAGGACUUGUUUAUUUUAUUUUUUAUUUGAGAGGAAGAUUUUCUUCACAGAUGAAGGCAGAAGGAGGCACGAUGGUCUGUUUCUGCCCCUGGUAACUUCCUUGUGGGUCCAGUUGGAACAUCUUCCUGUCGCUCCGGGUUUAAAUGCUGUCUUCCCGAAGCUCUCCCGGUGAGGGAUGUUGUUCCUGCUCGGUCAGUUUUGAUAUCUGAGCGUGAAAUAUUAACUGCCGCUCUCACCCCUCUUUUUAAAUAGGAUUCAGGCCCAGGUCCUCUCCGUGCCCCAUCCCUGCGUGGAGAGGAUAAAUCUGUGAGUUUAAGAGUCUGCUUAUGAAAGUCACUUAGAUAUUUGUUGGAUGCUGCAGAGGUAACGCCUAUUCAGAGGGACAGCAGAGUACAGUGGAGAGCACGUGACACCAGUGAUGAUGCAAGAUGAUAGAAUGUCUACGUGAUGAGAUGAAAUGAGAUGAGUGCCACAGGCACUGUGACAUAGUGGUCGCCUACUGCUGACCUGCUGAUGGGAUGUUGUCAGAAAGAGGAUCAUCUGAGCUGUGGUUGACCUCAGUACUGCAUGCAGGAGGAGAGAAUACAAAAGAGGCAGGAGUAUGCAAGUCCAGUGCAAGUCGAAGGCUCCUAAGGCAAACACAUUAGAUAUAGAGUCACACGAAAAGCCAAGUGUGGCCCUGAUGGAAAAUAUUUCUGCAGGGCUUACUCUGCUUACAUCAUAAUGCCAAGCAACUUGUGCCAUAGUUUGACUCUGUGGGGAAGGUGAAAUUUCCAUCAUCAUUAUCAAUUCUCCUGUGCCUGAGUGCGGUAAGACAAUGACCUUUUCUGGUGUUAAAAUGGGACAUUAGCAAAAGUAAGACCAGUGCUGGAGAGAAAAGGUCACCUGAAACCAAGAUUCAUUAUAUUAUCUGGAUCAAAGAUUUGUGAUCACAUAUGUGUGGUGAAUUCUAUGUGCAGCUACUCCAAGUGUGGUCCAGAACUGAUGCCAGUCCACACUCUGUUUCCUGUCUGUGAUGUGAUACAAGCAAAAACUGAUAAUAAGCAUUUCGAGAUAGCUGAUGUUCUCUUCGCUUUCCAGAAUGUGCAAAAGUGCAGAUUCAAUCCAGAAGGGUUUUGUAAACCACGAAAGUUACAACAGACCUUAAGUACAUCCAGGACACUGCAGGGAAAACUUCUGAAUGUCAUUUUGGGAUUUUCAGUGCCCGAGUGUGAAGAUAUUUGCAACUGGCAUAUCAAAUUACAUGUUUCGUGUAAAUACUAGUAUCUGACGACUGCACUUUGAAAUGUCAACGAAGAAAGAAAAUACAGAAAUGCAGAAUCACAGUCCCUAAAGCUCAGAGAGCCUGGCAGCCAACAAGACUUAUUUCAAGACUCCAAGGAAAAUGUCAACAAGGCACUGUGUGUCACAUCAGAGGUCCCAGAGGACAAGCCAUGCAUCGCUUAUGUUGCACAGAGACCCAUGGGGACUUCGGCUGCAAUCUCAUGGUGGCAAGAGCUAGCCCUGCACAGGAACACCAGGUGCUCCUAGGAAAAGACCCAUUUCGGGAUACUACAAGGAGUGCUGUGAGGAGAAGAAGAAAGAUGACAGAUACAGGUUGUCCAGAGCCCAGAACUGCUCUUAUCAUCCGGCAGAUGCACAGAGAGGGGCAAAGAAGACUCAGCUGUUAAACACUACACUGGAAAUGAAGUUUUGAAGUGGGUGCACGUUGACCAGGAGAAAGUGUGCAUUAACUUGAGGGGAAAGGGUCCAAUGAAUUCCAAGAACAGCAGGAGGAGUCUAAAAAGAAGUUGUGUCAUGCUGACGUAUUAAGAAUUUACAGAUGCACUGGGAUGGUGGCUGUAGGGAAGUCGUGAAGUAGACCACAUUGGUUCAUGGGACUGUCUACUGCCCUGAGGACAAGUGCCCAAUAAAGGCUACUGACAGGCUGACUGCAGCUGGAGAGGGUCACCAAGAUGACUCAGAGGGCACUCUACAGAGUCCUACUGCCCGCACAGGGUCAUUUUGCUGCAGAGUUCAAGAAGACACAGCUGUUGGAUCUGAUGACUGCCUUCACACAGCAGGGACUGUCACUUCAGACCCUGUUUGCCUACUUCACAUUCCCAAGCGCCCCUGGCUCAGAGGGAUGAGCUGGAAAUACCUACCUGUGCCUGAGGUUUACGAUGGCUGCUCCCUGCUUCCCACCUGUUCUUGUCCUAAUCCCAUCUCCUUCGCAACUCAGAGAUCUUGGCCCUAAAAUUUCCUGUGCCUGGCCCUUUGGAUUCAGUAUUAGAUGAUUAUCCUGUUUUUUGAGUCUUGUCUUUUCUGAAAGAAGCCAGAGUUGUCUUGUCCCUCUGGCUCUUUGUAGACCAUGCUACUUCUGGUCAGAAUCCCUUUAUAGGUUUGGAUCCUAAACCAUGUCAAUGACUAUUCACUGGUAAUCAUCCCCAGGGCCCCAACAAGGUCCAGGAUGUUCAGACACAUGCCAUUUUAUUUUAUUUAUUUUUUUUGACACAUACCAUUUUAAUAAUGAUUUCAGUUAUGGAAAUAGUGUCAUUAUUGAUUUGAGCCUGACCAUGUGCCAGGCUGUGUUAGGUAUUUUAGAUAUUUUGUGUCUUAGUCCUUAUAGUCCUUACUAUAGCCUUGUGAGGUAAUCUUAUUAUCCUCAUUUUAUAAAUUAGGGAGCUGAGAAUCCAAGAUGUGUCAGAGACUCACAGAUUCAAAUCCAGAGCUCAAGAUUCAGGAAUAUUACAACCAUAAGUGGGAGGUGAUAUAAUUCCGAAAAAUAAGGAACACUGAUUUCUCAUCCCACCAUCCAUCUUGCUGUCUUAUUUUGAGGUCUCGGCUGAUAAAUGUAUCUUUCUUUUUCAUGAGGACACCAUUUCAUGCGAUCGUUCUUGCCUCCAAGCUGAUUGAUGACAAGUGUUAAAUUUAAAUAAUGCCAUGUUUAGGAAAGAGAGGAAAAGGAAACUUUGGGAUUCUCUGUGGCCUGAGUCAGGCAAGGCAACAGGCCAGGUACCAGGGCUAAGAGGGUCAUCUUUAGCUAUUAAGUUGCUAGUUUGGGUGUGUUCAGAGGCAAAGUCCCAAUGUUACUUGUAUUGGAAAAAAAAGACACUGAUGGUGGUGGUCUCCAGCAUGCACUUGAAUUAGAGCCCUGCUGUGAAGCAGGCAUCAGGAGGAGUGGUUGUCAGGGAGAAUUAUGAAAGCAAGGGAAUACUAUGGUGACAACUUGGGAAGGCAUUAAAGAGUCUUAAAAGGGUCAUGGACAGAAGGCAACAUUUCUCCAGUGUGCCCCCGAGGUCAUGCAGCUGAAGGCGCAUGGCCCCAGUGACUAUGCAGGAUGCUGAGUGGAGGGCUUGGAGCCAGCAAAUGAGAGGCACAUACUCUGCUGUCCGGAGCUUAGACACAGGCGAGAUGUGUGAUCAAGUGGUUAUUGCUCAGGCUGGGCUAGAAAAUCCUUUCUAGCCAAGGACCAAUAUUCCUUUAAUAUAGCACGAUAUGUGCACGGGGCUGUCUGCCAGUCCUUGGGCUUUUAAAAUACAAUAUUACCAAAGUCACUGACAUUUUAUUCAUAGAAGGUGAAAAAUAAUGCAUUGGUUAUCAAAUGCCUUUUCAUAAACAUUAUAUUCAUGUAUUUCAUACAGCCUUUCUCCAAGGUUUAAAAAAAAACAACUUGUCCUUAGAAACCCGGCGAGGGCACGUGGAAUGGUUCUAAAUGAAGGUAUCAACCAGACUAUGGAAAAGCUUAAUGAAAUAAUGCACAAAAGACUCAUAAGCAUCAGUGAAAUCUCUCAACUAACCAAGCACCUUAUUUAUGAAAGAGCUCAGAUACUAUUACCUCUUAAGCCUUCGUCUGGAGGAAUCCAUCAAUGUCCUUUUUCAAACUCUCUAAAAACACUCUCCAAAGAAGAAAGGCAAACUCUGUUCUGUGAACCAGUAUCCCUGCACUACCACCAACCUGUCUGAAGCCGAACCUAAGAGCACCUGUUAAAGCGGUACUAAUAGUUUUAAAAGGAUUCUUAAUUUAUAGGUAGAACAACUACAUGUAAUCUUGCCUUUCAGAAUGUACUACUGAAUAAAAUUAUUUAAAGUCA